CGUUAGAGCGGAUCAUGGUCGUUGGGAAAUAGAGUAUGAAGACGUACCAAAGCGUAUGGGAACAAUCAACAAUCUGGGAAAAUUUGAUGCGGAUUUCUUCGGAUUUUCUGUUGAGCAAGCACACGCAUGUGAUCCAAUGUUGAGAAUGUUAUUGGAACAUUCUUAUGAAGCAGUUAUCGAUGCGGGAAUUAAUCCGAAGCAAUUACGAGGAAAAAAUACUGCAGUAAUAGUAGGAUUAGCUUAUAAUGAAGCAUACGUGAAAUUUCUAUAUGAGGAUUAUCAGAUAGGCGGCAUAAAUAUUAUUGGAUGUAGCAGAGCCACAAUAGCAAACAUGAUUUCGUAUUUUCUGAACCUGAAAGGGCCAUCUUACACGAUGGAUUCUGCAUGUAGCUCUGCAAUUCACGCCAUAGCUCUUGGUUAUCAUUGCAUCAUGUCAGUACCUGAUGCUUGGACAUUUGAGGAGGCAGCGACAGUCCCGUGUGUUUAUAGCACGGUUUACUACGCUUUGUACAUACUUGGAAAAAUGAAAAAGGGCGAUAAAAUACUUAUACACUCCGGUACUGGUGGCAUUGGACAGGCGGCGAUCCAUCUCGCUCUUCAUGAAGGAUGCGAAAUAUUCACUACCGUGGGCACACACGAGAAACGAGAUUUCAUUAAAGAGCUGUUUCCGACUAUUCUCGAUGAACACAUCGGAAAUUCUCGAGACGUCAGUUUCGAACAAAUGAUAAUGCGACAAACGCACGGUCGUGGAGUUGACAUCGUGUUGAAUUCCUUGGCAGAAGAAAAAUUAAUCGCAUCUGUUCGCUGUUUAGCACAAAACGGUCGCUUCUUGGAGAUUGGCAAAUUUGAUAUGGUUUCUAAUAAUUGUUUAAGCAUGUCCUUGUUUCAGAAGGGUAUUAGUUUUUAUGGCGUUCUACUUGAUAAUAUGUUCACUAGCAAACACAAAAGUAAAUCGUUAUUGUCGAAUAUGAUUGCUGAUGGUCUUGAGGAUGGAGCCAUCAAACCAAUUCGAGCAACAAUUUUUUCGAAAUCGGACAUUGAAGCAGCUUUUAGGUACAUGGCGAGUGGUCAACAUAUGGGAAAGAUAAUUAUAAACAUUCAAGAGAAAGAUAAAUCUUCAUGUGAAUCUGUCGUUGCAUAUCGCCGUUACUAUUGUGUCAAAGACAAAAGUUACAUUAUAAUAGGAGGUCUGGGUGGAUUUGGUUUGGAGUUAACCGAUUGGUUGAUACUUCGUGGCGCCAGGAACAUUGUACUCAUCUCGCGAACUGGAAUAAAAAAUGGUUACCAGCGCGUGAAAGUUAGAUUAUGGGAAUCGUACGGUGUAAAUGUACAAAUCGUCAAAAAUAUCGAUGUUAGUGACCCAAAGAUUGCCAACAUCUUUUAA